GAAAUACAAAAGCGGAAGUCUCACUUAUAUUACGUAUGAGAUACGUCAUCCACACGCGCCUGUGUUGUUUAGUUUGAUCCUGGUUAAGGAAAAUCCUGUUUCAGUCAUCAUGGUGAUGUUUCCAAGUUCGUUGACUGAGGAAGAAGAAGCUCUGCAAAAGAAAUUUGCAAAACUAAAGAAAAAGAAAAAAGCACUGGUUGCCUUAAAGAAGCAGCAGAGUUCAACCAGCCAAACCAGCCAGAGCGGCUUGAAACGAACUUUAUCGGACCAGCCUGUCAUUGACACUGCAACAGCAACAGAGCAAGCAAAGAUGCUCAUAAAAUCGGGAGCCAUCAGUGCCAUUAAAUCUGAGAACAAAAACUCUGGAUUCAAACGAUCUCGGAUGUUGGAAAUUAAACUCAAGGACCCAGAAAAAGGACCGGCUCCUGCUUUCUUACCUUUCCAAAGGAGUGUCUCCGCAGAUGAUGACCAACCUGAGUCUGGAAAGAGAGCUCAGAGGAAAUCCCUGUAUGAAAGCUUCGUCAGUUCCAGUGACCGAUACAGAGAUGAUGAUGACAGCGGUGGCGGCGGCUUGUCUUCCUGCCGUGACCCGGACAGAGAGAGAGACCGAGAGCGUGACCCGGACAGAGAGCGGGACAGGGACAGAGACAGGGACCGGGAUAGAGACAGAGAGCAAGACAGGGACGUGGAAAGGGAGAGAGACAGGGACCGAAGCAGGGACCGGGAUCGAGAGCGUGACAGAGAGCGAGACAGGGACAGAGAGAGGGAGCGAGACCGAGAUGGAGCCUUCAGACGGUCUGACUCGUACCCAGAACGACGAGGGGUCCGAAAGGGUAACACAGUGUAUGUCUAUGGGUCUGGGCUGGUGGAGGACAGCCUGCGCUCCGCCUUCUCUCAGCAUGGAAACAUCAUUGACCUCUCAAUGGACAACCCACGCAAUUGUGCGUUCAUCACAUUUGAGAAGAUGGAAUCUGCAGACCAGGCUGUCGCUGAGCUGAACAGCAGCGUAGUCGGCGACGUCCACAUCAAAGUCAGCAUCGCCCGGAAGCAGCCCAUGCUCGACGCCGCCACCGGCAAAUCCGUGUGGGCCUCUCUGGCUGUCCAGAACAGCACCAAAGGCUCGUACAGGGACAAGAGGAACCAGGUGGUGUACAGCGAAGACUUCCUGUGACGGCCCGGACAGCUCUCCAACAUUUUUAUCGUCUGAUCUUUUAAGUUGACGUGUUUGAUAGAAGCCGUGUGGCACAUUUGUGCUAAAACUAGAAUUUUGUUGAGCUUAAUAAAAAAAUAAAAUAAAGAAAAAUCUGUUUAAACUUCA